GUUGUGUGUGACCUGACAGUUCGGUCGUAGUUUUCAUGACAGACAACUCCUACUUUUUCCGACGAAUGUUAAAUCUUUUUUGAGAUAAUAUGUGAACAGUUACUGGUAACCUUAUUAUAUAUUAUUGAAAUACGAUAGGAAGUCCUUUACAUUUUCGUCUUACAAAUUAUGAUAGAAUAGAAGGUUGAAGCACGAUGGGGAAUCAGCUUACUGGGAUAGCUCCAUCUCAGAUUCUACCUGUGGAGCAUUACCUGACCUCUGAUCUGCCUGACAUUCAGUAUGAAGGAAGUCUGGGCAGUACCAGAUUCUUCAAAGUGGCAAAGGCAAACUCCAAGGAAGGUUACGUUGUGGUGAAGGUGUUUGUCAUCCAUGAUCCAUCCCUACCGCUAUCCAGCUACAAAAGUAGACUUGAUGAAAUCUGUGUAACGCUUCAUGGGACCUCUAAUUGCCUGCCUUUCCAGAAAUCUGUGCAACAAGACAAGGCAGCACUGUUGUUCCGUCAAUACGUGAAGGACAGUCUGUAUGACCGCAUCAGCACCCGACCUUUCCUCAACUUGAUAGAGAAAAAAUGGAUUGCGUGUCAGCUCCUUUGUGCUCUGAACCAGUGCCAUAAAUUAAAGGUGUGUCAUGGGGACAUCAAGUCAGAGAAUGUGAUGAUCACAGGCUGGAACUGGCUGCUUCUCACUGACUUUGCCAGCUUUAAACCUACAUACCUCCCUGACGACAACCCAUCAGAUUUCUCAUAUUUCUUUGACACCUCUCGACGUCGGACAUGCUACAUCGCACCGGAACGUUUUGUCGACAGUGGGUUCCGAAACACGGAAACUGGGGGUAACCUAGUAAACAAUGUGGACCUGACCUCCUCUGGAGAGGUCAAGACAGGGGACCUAACCCCUGCCAUGGAUAUCUUUUCUGCUGGAUGUGUGAUAGCGGAAUUGUUCACCGAUGGUGUACCGCCUUUUGACCUCUCCCAGCUUCUGGCCUACCGUAACAGAGAGUAUAGCCCCUGGAAAGUGCUGGAGAGAAUUGAGGACCCAAAUGUCAGGGACCUAGUUCGGCACAUGAUGCAGAAAGAGCCUAGUCAUCGCCUGUCGGCGGAGGAAUACCUCAUUCAGCAGCGUGUGAAGACUUUCCCGGACUACUUUUACACGUUCUUGAAGCUCUACAUCCAGCGGUUUGCUACCACGCCUAUAUUGUCACCGGAUGAACGGAUAUUCAGGGUGACAAAAGACCUUGAGAUGAUCAUUGAGAAUCUAAAGAUAGACCCUUCCCGCCCCGAGAACAACAAUGUACUGGUCCUUAUCAUCUCCCUUGUUGGAUCCAGCUCAAGACAGGCCAAGUUUUGCAACUCUAAACUAGUGGCUCUGCAACUACUCACGAAGCUCUCCAAGUUUGUUACGGCUGAUAUCAUCCUUGACAGAAUUGUGCCCUAUGUUAUGCACAUGGCAGGUGACAGUGAGGCUCGAGUGAGGGCAGAGAUGCUUCAUAGUGUCACCAGAUGUGUUAAGGACCUGCAGAAUGUACCCAGGAGUGAUGUCAAUGUCUUCCAAGAAUACAUUUUUCCGAAACUGUCCCCUCUGGUCCAGGAUGGGUCGGCUGUGGUACGAGCAGCGUUUGCAGAAAACAUUGCCCUCCUUGCAGAGUCAGCACUCAGGGUCCUGGAGAUGAUGCAGUUGGGCGAGGCAGAGGACCAGGAGGAUAAGGAGGACACAGCCUACUUUGUAACGUAUGACCAGGAGCUGCAGACACUACAAGAGAUCAUACAGGACAAGGUAGUUCACCUCCUCAAUGAUCUUGAGAACUCCGUGAAGAGGGCUCUUCUUGAUAACAAUGGCAUCACAAGACUGUGCGUGUUCUUUGGCAGACAGAAAGCCAAUGAUGUCCUUUUGUCCCACAUGAUCACCUUCCUGAAUGAUAAGGCUGACUGGCAUUUGCGGCAGGCAUUCUUUGACAAUAUAGUGGGCAUAGCAGCCUAUGUCGGGUGGCAGAGCUCAGAGAUAGUCAAACCUUUAAUUGAGCAGGGCCUGUCUGACACAGAGGAGUUCAUUGUACACAAGAGCCUGGGUGCCCUUAAGUCGCUGACAGAGCUGGGCUUGCUACAGAAACAAAUGCUCCACCAUUUUGUGAAGAUUGUUGUUCCUUUACUGGCUCAUCCGGGUAUGUGGAUACGCCACGGCAGUGUGGGGUUUGUGUCAGCCGUAGCCCAGAAACUCAACAUAGCCGACAUCCAUUGUAACCUGCUACCUGCUCUUAAGCCAUUCCUCAAAUCUGACAUCAUACAGAUAGAGAAAGAGGUGUUGUUAUUGAAUACACUACUUGACCCCAUUCCAAGGCUAGUGUUUGACUACAUCGUAAGGUCAAACUUGGUGGAGCGCAUUUUUUCCAUACUGCAGAAGCAGAGCUACAUACGAGGCAUAAGUCGUCAGGGACACAAACCCGACUACCCAGAACUGGAUGAUGCCAUGACCCAGGUAUUCAAAAGACUGACCUUCCUGGGAUGUUCUGAGCAACAUGAGGACAAGAUCCUUGCUAUGAAAGACUUCAUUCUGAAGCUGAACAGGGCCAGAGCUGGCUCUGACACUGCUUCCCAAGCCUCGUCGGAUGUGAAGCGAGGUCACAUUCUCCUGACCAGCCUGGUGACCAGGAUUCCCACACGGAGACACGCUGACCUCAACAAGUCCAGCCAGUCCAAGACUGACCUUGCCCCAAGCAUAAAGAAGAAGGGAGCAACACUAGAUUCUCAAGCCUCAACCAUGAAUCCUGAGUGGAAAAGUAUGUUUGGCUCAACAUCCUCCGAUAGGUCUCUCAGCUCGUCCCCUAAGUCAAAAACGCUUCCAAAGGCGGAAACCAAACCAGCCAAACCCCUGACUGGUUCCCAGUCAAGCUCCACUGGCAGCAUGGUGAACGUGUCCCAGCUCUCACUGGACAGCACUCUACCCACCCUGGAUGCACUCAGGGGAGAUAAGAACGUACAACAAACCCGAUACGCUCCAUGCAAGUUUGAGUUGCGGGACCUGAUUAGGAAGCGCCGAGGUCAGUACUCGUCAGACAUGGCGUGCCGUGAUCUCCUCGAGGGCAUCGCCUGGGAGAACCGACCUCCCCCUAGCAACUGGCGACCUCGGGGCCUGCUGGUAGCUCACCUGCAUGAACAUAGGGGGCCAAUUAACAGACUGGCGGUGUGUCAUGACCAUAGCUUGUUUGCCACCUGUUCCAACGACAGCCAGGUGAAAUUGUGGGAAUGUGGGAGACUAGAAGGAAAAAACAUUGCAAAUCGCUCAAAAGUCACCUUGAAAUUAGAGGGUCAGGUAAAGCUGCUAACAUUCUUUGAGGGCUCCAAUUCACUGGCGGCUGCAACUGACAAGGGUGCUAUUAAUGUUUAUGAUGUUGGCUCUGGCAAGACCAAUGAGGUGGACUCUCGAACUGUAAACCUUCAGCACCAUGGACAGCUGGUGGACAUGACCCACUUUGAUACAGGCAACCAGUCGGUGCUGGCAUAUGCGACUGUGAAUGGCUUCUUGAUUGGAUGGGACAUUCGGUCCAAUGAUGUUGUCUGGAUGCUGAAGAAUGACCCAAGAAAUGGUCUGAUCACUUCGUUUGCCGUGCAUCAGUCCCAGUGCUGGCUCUGUGUAGGAACCAGUAGUGGGAAACACGUGUGCUGGGACCUGCGCUUCCAGUUGCCCAUAACGACCAUUGAACACCCUACAGGAUCACGUGUUCGUCGCCUGUUGCCUCACCCAAAGGAACAGUCAUGGGUGAUCUCGGCAGUGCAGGGUAACAAUGAGGUCUCCAUGUGGGAUAUCGAGACAGGUGCCCGCCGGAAGGCUCUGUGGGCCAGCGCUGUGCCCACCUUGUCCAAAACACAGGAGAGUCCCCACGCCGUGUAUGGUAUGCACGUGGCCACCACAGACAGUAGCACUUUCCUUCUGACUGGAGGUUCGGACAUGAGGGUCCGGUUCUGGGACCUGGGCUACCCUGCAAAUAGCUUCAUCAUGGCCAACGCUGCAGGCGAUCUGACUCAGCACACAGCAGUCAGCUACAGGUCUCAGCUGAUAGAGGGCACAGAGGUGAUAGUGGAGUCGUACACCAAGAAGCCCGUCCCCACGGAGGACUCUCAGCCCUGGGGUCCCGAGGCCCCGCCCCAGGGUCACAAUGACACCAUCACUGAUGUUGCCCUGUGUCAGGCCUCACAGUGCCUGGUGCUGACGGCGUCGAGAAAUGGCGUCGUGAAAGUGUGGAAAUAGUGGAUGAGGGAUAAAAGUGGUUUGGUUGCAAGGGUGGAUUAUAGUGGUAUUGGGGUUUGGGUUUGAGGCUUAUGGGCUAUGACAGGGGAGUGGGUGGAGGGGAGGUUACUUGAAUGUUGGUGUUUUCAAAAGGUUUGUGUAAAAGCAUAAAAAUAGGGAAGGCAUGGCAUAUAAGAAUGGAGGUUUGUGAUAAUUGGUUUGUGAGGUUUGGAAAUAGGGCAGGGAUGGAUGGAGUCGGUGGCUUGUGGAGAGUCGCUUGUGCAGAUACUGUUGUUAAUACCUUAAUAUUUAUGUAACUUUUUGUAUCAGUUGUGAAAUAUGUAUGAAAAAUGUGUUAUUUAUAAAGGCACUGUGGAUAUGACCACUUAUAAUUUUCGUGUUUGUGAGAAAAAUUUCUCCGUUGUGUUUGUGAUGUGUUAUCUUUUUCUUUUAAAUGUGUGACAACUUUGAAAUACUUAGUUGGUAAUGAAGUGUAAGGAAAUCAAUUACAUGAUACACUAUUGAAAUUAUACCCUCAAGUGUGUUUCAAAUGUAUAAUAUUAUAGUUUGACUGUUAUUGUUGUUUUGAACUUGUCUGUUUAGACAUUUCUGAAACUGUCAAUUUGUUGUUCAUGUUAUCGUUGCAUUCGUCUGCAAAGUAUUAAAUAAGAGUUUGAGGAUUCUGCAAAUGUUUCAAUAUGCUUAACUUUUCCAUAAAGACAAUAUGAAUAAGGGCCAUAGUUGUCUCUGAUUGAAAAAUUUACUUUACACAUCUAAAGAUCCUAUUUGACAUCCGGACUCACACCAUUUUAGGCAACAGUGAAACAUUUUGAAUAAAUUAUAACGCCCUUUAUUGCGCAAUUUAAUGUGAACAGUUUUAAAUGGAUAAAAUUUGACAAAUAUUCAUGGUCAGCAAUGUGUUUUAUGUAUAUUGAUUGUGUUUAUGGACAAAAAACAAUUGUUCUUAAAGUGGCUUUUUUUCAUAAAAAUGGAAAAUUAUUUCCAAUUGUAGAAAACUGUUAUUUAGUUGAUUUUUUUAUUCUUCUGAAUUUUUUAUAGUCUUUAAUUCAUCACCGAUUUAUCUGUUAAAAAAAUAUUUCAAAGAAUGUAUAUACUGAUUUUAUAGCAUUCGAUACAAAAAUAGCAAGUUAAAUGUGCUAACCUAGCUCAAAUAUGUUUAUGUAUUAGUAUACACAUAUGAUAUAAUGUUUUAUGAUUUAGUUAUAGUAACAUGAAGUAUUGAAUUUAAAGUUUUUUUAUACAACAUGGCUAUUCAGAAAUAUAUCCGAUAGUUAUCUUUCUAAAUUGAAAUGAUAAUUUAUGUCAUUAGUAUGUAUUCAUGUAUACGCAGUUAAGAAACUGUAUAGAUUUCUAGGAUGCCAUGUCGUUUCUUACAAAUAUUUCUAGUUUCUUUGGAGACAGAAAUUUGAACUUGAUUAUUUGUAUUGCUGUUACCCAUUCGUAAAGUUGUGUGACUUUAAAAAGAACUAGGUUUGCAGUUGAAAACAUUUCCAACACUACACCUUAAGUGCAUAGAAUUUGAUUUACUACCAAUAUGUGCAAUAUACUUUAUUAAAGUAAUGAAAUAAACAAUAAAACUAAA